AUGCCGUCUGAGGCCAAAACCAUCACCACUGCCGCUGCUAAGGAGAAGAAGAGGAAGCAGUCCACAGCCCUAAACGAACGGAACGGGUCCUCCCUGCAGGUGAUCGAGAAAUACAUCGGCAGAAACUACAAAUGCGAUGUCGGCAAGAUUGCUAGAUUGGAAAGAAUUGGGAGAUUGAGUUCCCCGCGGGAGCGCGAUAAAACGCCCCGAUCGCUGGCGGCGGGGGUUGCAGUUCUGACGGUCCCCAGUUCUGACGAGGUGUGCCUUGAGGCAGCUGCGUUCGGUGCAAGUGAUAAUGAACAGGACGAUGCCAAGUCGACGCAUUCCAAACAGUCGAUUGAUGACCAGCAGCAACAGGAAGAAGAGGAUGAGGCUCGUGAUGAUAAGAACGAAUCCGCGGAUCAGAAGCUGGACAUCAUCAAGGCCACUGGUGCCAGAGCGAACAUCGGAGAAGCCAAGAUUGCAAUUGCCAAGAGGAUCGAAGAGCUCGAGGCUGAUCGCAAGAGUACUAUAUGA